GAGGUUUGGGGGAGAGAGGAAGGAGAGGUUUGGGGGAGAAAAGAAGGAGUGGCCGGUUGGAGAGAGGAAUAAGUCAACAAUGGACUCCAAAGCAGAGAAAUAUGAGGUUGUUUUUGGCAUCGCUCCCUGUGUCCUGGCUCUCACUCAGGGUAGAAGGAAGCCCCGUAAACUGUUUGUAAAAGAUGGCGAGGCCUCUCACAGGGCGUCUGUGUUAAAUGUGUGUGAGGAGGCUCAUCGGCGAGGAGUACAAAUCCAGCGGGUCAGUAAGAACGACCUGGACAAGAUGUCUUCUGGGCGAGUGCAUCAGGGAGUGUGUCUGCAGGCAAGUCCUCUGGGCUAUCUCACUGAAGACAGAGACUCUAAACCCAACGCGGGGGACACUCCUCUCUGGCUCGUUCUGGAGAAAAUUCAGGACCCCAUGAAUCUCGGCGCCAUACUGCGUUCGGCUUAUUUUCUCGGCGUGGACAGAGUUGUCAGCAGCCUUCAUGAUAGCUGCCCCUUGUCUCCAGUGGUCAGCAAGGCCAGCUCAGGCGCCAUGGAGGUGAUUGGGGUGUACGGAUACGAAAACCUCGAGGACAUGCUGAAGAUGAAGAUGGCGCAGGGCUGGCAGGUGGUGGGCACGGUGGGAGCUGAAGGGGAGGAGUCCCAGGUUCCUAUCACCCUGUGUUCAGACUUCAAAGUGACCAAACCCACGGUGUUGUUGAUGGGGGGUGAGGGGGAGGGACUGUCCCAGCAGCUGCUCUCUCUGUGCCAAACACUUCUAACCAUCCCCGCCGGCAGAGAGCUGUUCCGGGGGAUCGAGUCCCUCAACGUCUCUGUAGCUUCAGGCAUUCUGCUCUACUCUCUGCUGUCCUCCAGGAGGCCCGCCAGAUGAACAACACCUUCCAUAUCUGUCUGUACUCUAUGCAAGAUGCAAGGGAACUGAGAAUGUUAUGGAGGACAGAAUGACAUGUCGAUGUAUUUGAAAUUGAACACAUCACGGCAAUCUUCAGAAAUGGCUUUAAAGGAUAAGGAUGAUCUUCUAUAAUGUUGUUUCUGUCAACACAUUCCACAGUACUGUGGGAGUAUCAGUGUAUCUGGUUCUUAUGUGCUAUAGAGCUCCAUUAUUGUCCAAAAACUAUUAAAAAAAUAUCAAUGAGGCA